CCGCCAUGCCACCUUUAUUUUACCUUUUUUUUGUAAUAUUAUCGAAAUCUAUCUUUAAAUCUCCAUAUAUUGUACAUAUAUAAUAUUCCAUGAAAUCAAUAUAGAUAGAGUAUGCCCAACCAAUAUCAUUUCGGAUAUCAACUGUAUUCGCCCCCCGUGGCAAACGGAUUGCAACUCAACACAAACAGCAACAAUAAUGAUAAUUCAAAUUAUGUCUCACAUUUGGCAUCUAGUCCCACAUUCCACAGUACAUAUCCUGAUAAUGCAAGCUCCACAAGCUCUACUAGUUCCAGCUUAGGUCUGCUGUCGUUAUAUCUGAAUGGAAGUAGUGGUGCUUCAAGUUAUUCAUACCAGAAUCCAAGGCUUAGAUACUAUAUGUCCAAAUCAUUCGACAUUGAAGAUGAUUUAGAAUUUUGUCCAGAUAUUCCUGAAAACUUUGAGAACAGUCCACCAGCCAAAAAAUUCAACCCAUACACUGCCUCUGUGUUUCUGCCUCAGGAAGUGUACGGAGCUGCCCCUGGGUCACCGGUGACCAACAGACCACAGUCUCCACGCCUGCGUACUCCUCGCAUUAAGAAGCCUUUGGAAAUCAUCAACCCUCAAACUAAGUUGAGAGUUGCUUCUGCAUCUAUAAAUAAAUAGACCUUUUCGUGGACCGAUAGGGUUCGCAUGUAUAUUAAGC